CUCCAUUCAGGUGUUCAAAAAUGGCGUUGAUAAACAGAUUUUUGUGUUGGAAGCUUCGAACAGCAUGUUUUCUGUAUUAUAUACUUAUAAUUUUCACAACAGCAUUUGCUCUUGCCAUGAGGAUAGCAGACCUUUGGGCGAUAGCUUCCCCAGACUUCCAGAUCAGUCGAGGAUUUAGCACUAUGUGGAGAACACAUUUCUGGCAAGCAUUUUUAGCCAGUGAUGUUGUCUUGACAUUUUUCCAUGUUGUGAUUGUGCUAUUCAGUUUGUUCAUGAUUAUCCAAGUUAGACACAGGCAUUUUGUUAUGUACAUGCUACAACACAAGAUAUACAUUGGUGUAUUUAUAACAUACAUGUUGGUGGAGUUGGCUUUUUCAGUGUUUGAGUAUUCAUAUUAUGGAAUGAACACAUUUCGAUUAUCCUUCGUUGUAUUUACCUGGUUGUUCUGGAUGAUGAGAAAUGUUUUAAAUAUUGUAUUUGUUGUUGUGAUGAUUGCCAGAAAACAGGAAAUGGCUGAACAGAUGGACAUGGAAUUACGCUACGCUGGACAGAAGAAAAGAGGAAAUUAUUAUGCAUAAACUUUUUAAUGAAUUUACACAAGAACAAUUAUUACAAAUCUAGAAAUUAUAUUGUUUUAUAAAACAAUGGUUAAUGAUCUUUUGAGAUUUUUUGAAAUUAAGAUGUUUAAUGACAUGCACUUUCACCUUUUUUCAAAUUUUCAUGAUUUAUUGAUGUAUGAGUUUUUAAAAAAAUUCUGGGACUUCUUUUUAUCUUUAUGAGCAUUUUAAGAAAUAAUAAACAUUGGUUUUAUAUUCAUUUUAAGUUUUGUUAUAGAAGGUUGUUUAAACGGUUGUUCUCUAUUGGUUGUAAAGUUCUGGGUAGGUUUGGGAUUACAAAAUAGUGAAAUAUUUUUGUUUAAGUUGUGAGAACAUUAUUAAUUCUUAACAUUCCAUAUAUCAUUGAGCUCAUCAUAUCCAUGGACACAGGUUUUGUGGAUUUUGUCAGAUUUCUGCAAUCCAUUCCAAAAAUUACACUUAUCCUAAUAUCCUGAUUUUGCACAUAUCAGUGAUGUAUAUAAUAUACAUAUAUAGUAUUGUACAUAUCAAUAUAAUUAUAGUGCCAUUUCAUUGUCAUUGCAUGGGGAAACUUACAAUUUUUUUUUUUCUGAAUAAGACAUACACUUAUUUAGCAUACAAUAUUCACAUUUAAUUGAGAUAUUAUUUAAAAGGAUAACAAUAUAUUAUUCAAACAUAUCAUUGGCAAAAUGUACAUGAAGUUUUGCUCCAACAUUCUUCUACAAAUGUUAUAUUUUGGCAGGAAUAAACAAAUUCAGAGCACAAAUGAAAAAGUAAAAAAAAAAAAAAGGAGUUUAUUAAAAAUCAAACAAAAAACAAAGUUUGUAUUUUCAGGUUUGGUAAACAUUGAAAACAUUUCUAUCUAAUUUCUCAUUAUAAAGAUACUCAUGUGAUAGUUUGUAAAUAAUUAAAUUGAUAAAUCAAACCAUUCCCCCUUAUGCUAAUACUGACUGGUGUAAAUAAGAUUGAAGGUGUAUAUUUUCUAGAUGGAAUCAACAUUUUAUACAUAAGUAUGCAGGUACAUGUAUUUAUUUUCAAAUCUAUUCUUCUUUUCAUUGUUUAAUUGAUGGGUAGAUGUUCAUUCCUACUAAAGCUAUUUCAAAAGAUUUCAUCUUAUAUUAUAUUGUAUUGGUUUUAUUUAUACUUUUGUUUUGUACUCUAUUGUAUUACACAUUUUGUACAAAUUUUACAUGAAAAAAUGUGGUUUCAAUCAAUCUAAUACCUGGUUAAAGGAUCAGGGGUCUUUUUGUUAAUUUUAUUUCCUAAUAAUUUAAUUUUGGAUGUAACACGUCUUCUUAUUUGCUGAAAGGUAUUUGUCUAUCAGCUCAUAGACAUAAUUUUGUCAUGUGACCGUGACGUCACAUUUUUUUUUCAUGAUUUACUCCUUAAAAAUGGAAUUUAAAAUAACUUUUAAUCAAGGAAUGACUAAUAUCUUUUCUGUCUAUUUGAAAUGACCUAAAAAAUGUGGUGUACACUUUUCAAUAACCCACUACACGGGUUAUUCAGUGUGCACAAUAUUGUUGAUGUUAUUUCUUUAUAGACAGAAAAAAAAUAUUACAGUCAUUCCUUAAUUAAAUGUAAAAAAGAUUUAGUUUUUUUGGAUAUAGAUGUCAGUUUUAUAAUGAUCACAUUUUAUAAUCAGAUUUUAAGGAAUUUUACUAUUAACAAUUUUAGGAAAAUGGUAUAUGACUAGGAAAUUUAAAUAAAUACUAACCAAGGAAUUAACUCCUCAGAAGGAUAGCAAAUGUUGGUAUCAUAAUCAUUAAUUAGAAUCUCUUGUCCUUUUAAUGUACACUAAAGAACCAUUUUCUCUUGUGUCAGUUACUUAUCAGUGCAUGUAUAUACGCCAUAUAAUUUUGUUAUAAUUUUAUUAAAUAAAAUAAGAUUUUCA